UUACAGAUAUUCAGAUAAAAAACAAAAAAAGAAACAUUUCAGAUUAAUAUCUCUGAGAAAUCAAACUUCACCUUCAUUUUUCAUUGAUAUAUUUAAUCCCCAUGUAGCUACUGACAGUCCACACAGUGCUCAAAUGUGUUUUUAUUCAUUAAUAUACAACAGAUUAUUUUUUGAAAUUCAUGUUUAGCUCAGUUGAUCAUCAUGUGAAUGCAGAGAAGCAGGAAAGGAGGAGGGCUGAAACUGCACGUCAGAGGUGAUUUCACAAUUGUACUGAUGCUGUUGUGUGUAUAAAGAACGAUCAGCAGCUUUCAGCCAGCCAAACGCCGUCUAUACACACGUAAGUAUACAACUGCUCACACAGCAUCUCUGUUUGCUCUUUAUGUUCCUUUAAAUUUGGCAAAAAAUGACCCUUUUUUACCCAUCUUGAGGUAAUCGAUUAAAAAUCAUUUCUCGGUCCAGCAUGUUGUACAGUGCGUUCCCAGGCAAGUUUUUUGGGGAGGCAGAGAGCAUAAAAUCUUUAUCAGUAGUUCAAUUCACAGGUACCUUAAUGUGUUUGUGGUUUAAGGAGGAAGAGAUGGAGACUAUGAAGACUCUGCUGAAGGUUUAUCUGCUGCUGCUGAUCGGACCUCCCUUCACUCUGGAACAAUCAGUGGGCCAGUACAUCACCGAGCUCCAGGUGUCUCUGGAUGAAGCUGAAGAGACGUAUCUUAGCAGUCAAGGUUUCAUCAAAAUCGAUGUUGAUCUGAACAAAGGAGCUGAAGGAAAAUACAUCUACCUUUGGUACAAAAAAGGCAGCAGCUCACCAAUCACCAGGAUUCAGCUUACAUUCAAUGAUGGCAUGAGCAGGGGUCUGAUCACUGCAGGUUACCAGAAGAUUAACAAGAACCUCAAUGCCGGAACAAGCGGAGACUACAUCUACCUGUGGUACUACAGAGGUAACUCAGAGUACGAUGUUCCCAUUGUGAACCUUCAUGUCUCUAUAGAAGCAAGAGAGGAAGCCCAGAUGUUUGCAUUUGGAUGGGAGAGACUGGCCUGUGAUCUGAACCGGAAAGCUAGAGGAAAAUGGAUCUACCUGUGGGUGAAGAGGGAGAGACCAACCUACAUCUGUGACAUCACUGCCAAUGCUGACUAUGAUGGAGAUGCUGACUACUUCCAGAACGGCUACAUCAGAGUGGAUGAUGAUACCAACAGAGGUGCAGGAGGAUCCUUUGUCUUCAUCUGGUACCGUCAGACCACUAACUCUCAAAGAGCCAUCACAGAUCUGAAGAUCUCCAUUAAUGAUAUGGAGAAGAUGUUGUUUCCGUAUAUGGGCUUUACAAGGGUAACUACUGAUCUAAGCAAGGGGGCAGGAGGAAGUUACGUGUACCUGUGGUACAAGAAAGACUCCGGUCUUCCCAUUCGGGCGGUCUCUGUGAUCGUCAACACAGCAGCUGUGGAGCAGUACAGAUAUCCCAGGGUCUUCAUUAGACAAAAAAACCUCAACAGUGGGAACAAAGGUAAUACGCUGUACCUGACCUUCAGUUCGUUUUAGUAACAGAGCUGGGAAUGCUCACUGGGCAGAAACCAAAGAGUCUAUGGUGUUCCUGUUUAACCAGUUUGAUUGUUUUUCUUUCCUUUCUGAAAUGAUGUUCACCCACUGUGAUCUCAGAUCUUUGACUCCAACAAUGAUCAUUGAUCCUACAAUCAAUCUGUUUGAUUAGCUCUGUCUCACUGUAUUCUGAUGAUUGUCUCUGUUUCAAUAAAGUCUGUUCAGCAUGUGAAA